AUGCCGGCUCACAUUCUGGACACAGGUAUAUCUGUGGCUUACGAGCCGGAACGAUGCUCUCCCCUCGUAGACAUCGUGGUCGUUCAUGGCUUGCACGGCCACCCUUAUAAAACUUGGAUAUACAAGAAGGAUCCUCACGACCAGGAAGAUGUGUUGGAGGAAGACGAGGACAACCAGCGCAAAAAGCAAAAGAUAUCACAUCGAGUAAUCCCGCUGUUUAGAGGCAGCAAGUCCGAAAAUACCCACAUUGCACGUCAAUCAUCAGAGACACACGCAUUAGAGACGCACGUUCAUGCACAGGGCUCGCAGAACGGAGAAUCAUCAUGCGUCUUCUGGCCUCGAGACCUUCUCCCAAGCGGAUGCCCAAAAGCACGGGUCCUUGUGUUCGGCUACGAUAGCAAAGUCACCAAGUACACCUCUGGUGCGACAAACCAGAACAGUCUCCAUUCUCACAGCAAGGAUCUAUUGUUUGCUCUCAUGCGCGAACGACCUGCUGGUCGUCGGCUCAUCUUUGUGGCCCACAGUCUGGGUGGCAUAGUUGUCAAAGAGAUGCUUGCGAUAUCUUCCUCUUGGCCAACAUCUGAGUAUAAAGAUGUUGUCAGAUCGACGUCUGCUGUAGUGUUUCUGGGCACACCCCACAGAGGAAGUCCGGAUCUUGCUUCCUUUGGCGAGUGGGCGCGGUCAUUCAUCAGCGCUUUUCGCAUACAGACAACAUCUGACAUCCUUGAUGCCCUUGGUAUGAAGAACACGGACCUGGAAAGAGCCCAGGAGGCCUUCUCGGCCGUCUGGCAGAGGUACGAUUUUCGCAUCAAAACAUUCCAGGAGGGGUUGGGCCUAAGAGGCAUCAACCUGGGUGUUCUCGGAAACAAGGUGGUCCCGGAUAGCUCCUCCCUUAUUGGCGAUUAUCGAGAAUGUGCGGAGACCCUCCAGGCAAAUCAUAAGAAUAUGUGCCGGUUCUUUGGGCAUGACGAUCCCAACUAUCGUAAAGUUGGGGGAGAGAUUUGCUCCAUCUACCGUUCCAUCGUUGAUUUUGACUCCCGCAACUUUGGCCGGAGUGAGCUUAUGGAAAUUUAUCCAAAGGCCAACAUGCCUACUCAGAGUUCUAUCCCGAAAGUGUCGGGGCAUUGGCCUGAUGAGCAACUGACUGGGACUGAUAAGAAACUUCUUGAGGACCUUUGGUUCCCCGGGAUAGACUUCCGCUACCAGACAGUCGAGAGUCCGGCCGAAGAUACCUGUGACUGGCUAUUCUAUAACGAAACAUACCGGAAUUGGUUUCAAAAUAGAGAUCAAGAUGUGUACCAGGGUCUUCUUUUUUUAAAGGGCAAGCCGGGGGCUGGGAAAUCGGUUUUGAUGAAAGAGGCGUUCCGACGCAGCUCCAAAGAGCGGUCCGUCUUGGGUAGUAAUUGCGCCACAGCAGCAUUCUUCUUCGAUGACAAGGGCACCAUGUUGCAAAAAACCCCCGCUGGCCUUUACCGUUCGCUGCUUUGCCAACUGUUCCCAAGACUUAGGCGGGGAUUUAGAGACGUAAGUGACGUAUGGGCUCAUAGAGGCUCCGGAGAAGAUGCGAGUGAGCAGAAACCUUAUCAGUGGUCUACAAGACAACUUCAAGGGAUCUUCAUGUCAGUAUUUGACACUGGAAUCCCCUUCGACAUCACGAUUUUCAUCGACGCUCUCGAUGAAUGUCAUGUGGAUUGGAUGCGUUCGCAAGCUUCUUUUUGGCGCCUUGCGACCAGAGAGGCUCGCAAGAAGGGAUCCCGGUUGAAUGUUUGCCUCUCAAUCAGACAGUAUCCCGUCAUCGGUCUUGACAACUGUGCUGAGGUGAUCGUGGAACAUCAUAAUGAUCCCGAUAUUGCAACAUACGUGAAACAGAAGCUCCCGUGUGUUUCUGAAAGGCAGGAGGGAAAAUGGGAAGAAAUAAGGCGCACGAUCAUCCGGAAGUCGACAGGGGUGUUCCUAUGGGUAGUUCUUGUGGUCGAGAAUGCCCUGAGAAUGCGGGAUGAAGGAGAACACCCCAGACAUAUACUUUCGCAGUUGGAACUUGUGCCGGAGAGCCUAAGCAGCUUGUUCUCACAGCUCCUUGGGGGCUCAACCACAGCUUCCAAUGCCUUGGCUAUCAAGCUGUUUCGCUGGGCAAUACUCGCCGUCAAGCCGCUACGGCUUCGCGAGUGGCAUCACAUUCUAGCAUUUAGCAAGCAACCGGGGCUCUCCUCCUUGAACGAGUGGCGAGAGUCGGACAGCUUUACUGAGGACGACGACCAGCUUGAAAGGCAAAUCAAGGCCAUAUCCAAGGGAUUAAUCGAAGUGACAGGCCGGCCUAUCGCGUCACAGGGCGACAAUGCUGACUCAAGUUCAAUGCGUGCCGGCGCAGGAUCUCUUGAUUUAGAUACUGGUGAGACUCGGGUUGUGCAGGUCAUUCAUCAAUCCGUCCGCGAAUUUUUCGAAAAUGGCGAUGGCUUCCCAAUUCUUCACCAAGGUGCCCGUUGGAGUUCGCCCUAUGAUGUUUUGAGCCAUCAGCACAUGGCGGAAGGCCACCUAUACAUUAUGAACUCGGCACUGGAUUACAUUGGCAUUAGAGAGUUGGAUGCUCUGGUAGAAGCCCGAAGACGAGCAGCGGAACGUGUGGCCCGCGCCGAACCGUAUUUGAGAUCAACAGCAUUGAAAACACACAUGGGUUUGUCUGACGGUGUCGAACCUAGUUGGAGCAAGGUUGCCCAAACUCCAGAACGAGCCAUCUCCGCGAUGCCGAGAUAUAGAAUCGGUAUUGGCGCAAAAAUCGACGCUCUACGUGCCGUAGUUCCAUCACUCAACAUGCCAUAUUUCACCAUGGAGCAUGAUGAUGACCGAAUGUCUGUGGACAACAGUGCCGACACCACCACUGGAGAGGCGGGACAGCCUAAGCCUAGCAAGGCGAAGAUACUCGAUGGCGCACUUGAGCAUAUCCAGAGACUCGAAGAAAGCAUUGCAGGCUUGGAAAGAGGCAAUAAGGAAAUGAACAAAAGGCUGAUCGCCUUCGAAACUUUGGCAAAUGUUACCGGGGGCCCAUUGCUUGUUGAACCUGGCCAGGCGACCGACAAAGAGGAGGAGGCCGUGAGGCGAGAAAACUUAUUGACAUGGCAAGACUGCGAUGACGAUGGUUCUUUGAAAAGGAAGCAUGCUGAACGGGGGCUACCAUCAAGAACGACUCAAAAACUCCCUCUCUCGGAGAUGGUUGGCUCCAGCCAGGUCGCAGACGGGACGAUUGAUAUUCCUCAAUGGAUCUCGGCGAGCAAAAGAGACCUGGAUCGUGGAUUAGAUGAUGCUGUGGAAAACGGAUCAAUCAAAACGUCAGCCUCCGUACAUACUCAAACUCUGGAUGACCACCCUGCUCUUCUGCUGUAUGUGACAUCGGAGUUUUUCACUCAUGCUCAUCUUGCUCAAAAAUAUGAUGCGAAUCCCAUCAGAAUCGUCAGACGACUUUAUUUAGACGGUGGUUGGGAUCGAAUGCGCAUCCUUCGAGAAGAUAAGGAUGCAAGUCAAAGCCCGAUCGAGGGCCUUUACACCUGGGUCCGGGCCAUGGAAGACAUGGGAAUUGUCCCGAAAGAAGGUCAGAGCCCGGAAAUAAAAAAGCCAGAGGUAAAAAGACGAGGCAGUAGAACAUUGCCAGAGAUAAAACGACGAGGCAGUGUCGCUAGCUUUAGUUCUGCGGGCAGCUUUGACUCUGCCAGCGGCCGUUAA